CGCGGAUUGGUGCAUCCCGGCUGCGGCCGCCUUAGUCAUCCGAGUGGUUCUGGAACUGGGCACCAACUUGCGUGUUUGUCCCCGGCUCUUUGUGUGCGGAUCAGCUGUGGCGUGGGCUCUGGCAUCUAAUCCAGGAUUUGCCUCUGCGCGAUGCUUAUGGAAAACAGAUGUCUCGCCGCUCUGGGACUGAGCACAGAAUGGAAGUGACCCAGAGGGGAGCUGCCUGGCACCGACGACACGGAGGGAAGGCCCCGGCGCGGCCGGGGAGGCCAGCUCUGCUCCUCGCCUCCGUUCUCUGUGCUGAGCCCGCGGAGUAGACGGCGUCCCCGCCACAGAGCGGUGUGACCUUGAGACGGCGUGGGGCAGGCGCGCGGGCGCGGGGACUGCGGCCGCCUGAGGUCCAGGUGCGUGCAGCAGCCGCGAGGGUCGCGCAGCGUGCAGGGUCGACGACAGCCGGCCUCCCAUGUCAGUGGUCUAGGAUGGCCAGUGAGGGCGCCAGCAUCCCAAGUCCCGUGGUGCGCCAGAUCGACAAACAGUUUCUGAUCUGCAGUAUAUGCCUGGAACGGUACAAGAACCCCAAGGUCCUGCCGUGUCUGCACACUUUCUGCGAGAGGUGCCUGCAGAACUACAUUCCAGCCCACAGCUUAACCCUCUCCUGUCCAGUGUGUCGUCAGACCUCCAUCCUGCCUGAGAAGGGGGUGGCUGCGCUUCAGAACAACUUCUUUAUCACAAACCUCAUGGAUGUGCUGCAGCGAACACCAGGCAGCAAUGGUGAGGACUCUUCCAUCCUGGAGACGGUCACCGCGGUGGCUGCAGGAAAGCCUCUCUCAUGCCCAAACCACGACGGGAAUGUGAUGGAGUUUUACUGCCAGUCCUGUGAGACGGCCAUGUGUCGGGAAUGCACCGAGGGGGAGCACGCGGAGCACCCCACGGUGCCGCUGAAGGACGUGGUGGAGCAGCACAAGGCCUCACUUCAGGUCCAGCUGGAUGCGGUCAACAAAAGGCUCCCAGAAAUAGAUUCUGCUCUUCAAUUCAUCUCAGAAAUCAUCCAUCAGUUAACAAACCAGAAGGCCAGCAUUGUAGACGACAUCCACUCCACCUUUGAUGAGCUGCAGAAGACUUUAAACGUCCGCAAGAGCGUCCUGCUGAUGGAGCUCGAGGUCAACUAUGGCCUCAAACACAAAGUGCUGCAGUCCCAGCUGGAUACCCUUCUCCAAGGCCAGGAAAGCAUCAAGAGCUGCAGCAACUUUACGGCGCAGGCUCUCAACCAUGGCACGGAAACGGAGGUGCUACUGGUGAAGAAACAGAUGAGCGAGAAGCUAAACGAACUGGCGGACCAAGACUUCCCUCUGCACCCGCGCGAGAAUGACCAGCUGGAUUUCAUCGUGGAAACCGAGGGACUGAAGAAGUCCAUCCACAACCUGGGGACCAUCCUCACCACGAACGCUGUCGCCUCAGAGACGGUGGCCACGGGCGAGGGGCUUCGGCAGACCAUCAUCGGGCAGCCCAUGUCCGUUACCAUAACCACCAAGGACAAGGACGGAGAGCUGUGCAAGACAGGCAACGCAUACCUCACCGCCGAGCUCAGCACCCCCGACGGCAGCGUGGCAGACGGCGAGAUCCUGGACAACAAGAACGGCACCUACGAGUUCCUGUACACUGUGCAGAAGGAGGGGGACUUCACCCUGUCCCUCAGGCUCUACGACCAGCAUAUCCGUGGCAGCCCAUUUAAACUCAAGGUCAUCCGCUCAGCCGACGUGUCCCCCACCACCGAAGGCGUGAAGCGACGCGUUAAGUCCCCCGGGAGUGGUCACGUCAAGCAGAAGGCUGUGAAGAGACCCGCCAGCAUGUACAGCACCGGCAAGAGAAAAGAGAACCCCAUCGAGGACGACCUGAUCUUCCGAGUGGGUACCAAAGGAAGAAAUAAAGGGGAAUUCACAAACCUUCAGGGUGUAGCUGCAUCUACAAGUGGAAAGAUAUUAAUUGCAGAUAGUAAUAACCAGUGCGUGCAGAUAUUUUCCAAUGAUGGACAAUUCAAAAGCCGCUUUGGCAUCCGAGGACGAUCACCUGGACAGCUACAGCGGCCCACGGGGGUAGCAGUGCACCCCAGUGGGGACAUCAUCAUCGCAGAUUAUGAUAACAAGUGGGUUAGCAUUUUCUCCAACGACGGAAAGUUUAAGACAAAAAUCGGAUCAGGAAAACUGAUGGGACCCAAAGGAGUUUCUGUGGACCGCAACGGACACAUUAUUGUGGUGGACAACAAGGCUUGCUGCGUGUUCAUCUUCCAGCCGAACGGGAAGAUAGUCACCAGGUUUGGUAGCCGAGGCAACGGCGACAGGCAGUUUGCAGGUCCCCAUUUCGCAGCUGUGAAUAGCAAUAACGAGAUCAUCGUCACGGAUUUCCAUAAUCACUCCGUCAAGGUAUUUAACCAGGAAGGAGAAUUCAUGCUGAAGUUUGGCUCAAACGGAGAAGGCAAUGGGCAGUUUAACGCGCCGACAGGCGUAGCCGUGGAUUCGAAUGGAAACAUCAUUGUGGCGGACUGGGGCAACAGCAGGAUCCAGGUUUUUGAUGGGAGUGGAUCAUUUUUGUCCUACAUCAACACGUCGGCUGACCCCCUCUAUGGCCCCCAAGGCCUGGCCCUAACUUCAGAUGGUCACGUUGUAGUUGCGGACUCUGGGAACCACUGUUUCAAGGUCUACCGGUACUUACAGUGACAGCGGACAGCCCUGCACUGAGGUCUUGCACUAGAAACUGGAACGGAGUUUUCCAUGUGGGACCAGAUUACCAUGGGACUUUUCACACUAGGAAGAAGAACCUUUGGUAAACUUUCCAAGGUUAUUUCUGAAUGUAACAAUUUCCUUAAGAACUGCUUAUUCAAUUUCCAUAAUUCACUUUUAGCAUUUAAAAAAAGAAUCUCUUCUAUUGAAUCUACACAAACUGCGAAGUUUUACACCUGGGAACUAUGGCUCAUAGGACAGGGAUUUAUGUAGUUAAACUAAUUUUGCAAAUCAGACAUUAAAAAGAAUUAGCGUGUCUUUUGCCUGGUGAAUGAAUGGUAGCCUUUGCAUCGAGCUUCCAAGAACAAAAGUUGUAGUUAUCUAUUUUAUUUAAAUUCGGUCAUGAGACCAAGGGACCUGCUAACCUCACUUUUACAGUAGAUGUUAUUACUCUGGUGACAUUUUUGUUCUUUUUUGAUUGUCAACAACCACAUGUAAUUACUUUAGAAAAGUAAGGCUGUCUUGCAAGAUCUUCCCAGCUCUGACUCAGGGUCCUCUUGAGUUGAGCCCAUCAGAAUCAAUGCAAAUUUCCCAACCUUUUGGGGUUCGAUCAAAGAUCUUUUCCGUGCGUUCUCCUCACCUUCUCUUUCUACUCACCUUGCAUCAGAAAAUGAAAUGCGUUUUCAGGAAAACCUGGAAUUCCCGAUGCUUUGGAAGGCAUAUGGGGAACCCUUUGGUUGUUAGCUUCAGAUCAACACACUGGAAAGCAAUCAGGAGAACUCACAUUCAUGUGUUCACGUCUUUCCUCUUCCACAUCAUGGAAGCGAAAGCUUUACCUCCUGCAGAAUGUCAGCACAUGUAGUGGGACACCGGUGUCCUAGGACAGAGAGGCAUAAGCUGCCCCUUGGAGGACAGAUGGUGUCAACCAAAGACAUGUGGUUGAUUCACGAUCUCCCCUUAGAGAGCAAGUGUUACCAAAGUUGUGUUGAGCAUUACAGGUAUGGGCAUGUCAUGGUUGUUUAUCAUUGUCUAAUGAACAGUAGAGGCGUUAAGGGACAAGUAUACAUGGUUAGGGUAAGAUAGAAUGUAUUAUAAAUAUUAUAUAUAUAAAUACAUACGUAUAGCCGAAUCCUUGCUGUGUGGAAAUAGCAGCACUCCGAAAGACAGAAGCACUGCCCAGUCAGCCUUCAGCUCAGUCUGCUGAAGUCUGCUGCAGUCUGAAGACAUCCUCCUGGAGGGGGCGCUCCAGCAGGCUUGCGUGCUGCCUUUUUUCCAGCAUGAUGCGGAUGCCUGACUUCCAGGCAGCAAAUGGCUUUCUGUUUUCAAGACAAAGAGGAGAAAGAAGAAAGAAAAAAGGCGUCUUUAAACGAUGGGUUUGCGUUACCUUUCACCUAAGUACAAAUGCAUUUUGAGGAACAUUACCUGUCACGGACACUGUGAAACAAGACGAGGUGUGUUUCCACUGUUCUUUGAUUUUCUACUCAGUGUUUGACGCGUUUGAUGAUGACUUUGGGAUUUCUCUCGUUGAAAGCACCUUAGACCCACACUUUGAGGAAACACUUCCCUUACAAGUAUAUGCUGGUGUUUAUGGCUUAUUAUCUAAAGUCCUAAUGGUCUCCAUACAGGAGCAUUCAAAAAAUUGGAAGGGAAAUCUGGUUACGUCCAAUGGUUUAUUUAAUUUAUUAUGCCCAAAUCAACAUCUGGGGGGAAACACUUCAAUUUUGGGAGAUUUACAUUGGGUGUAGCUUAUUAUUAUUUCAGUUCUGUGGGGUUUUAAAAUAGCCAAGCCUGUCUGUGAUAGACAUAAGAUUAAAUAUGCUUCAGAGUGAUAAACUAAGACAGCUUUUGAAUACCAUGAAAUAUGUCUUUGACUUAUGUUUUGAUUUUUUUUUUUUUUUUUGUGCUAGGCAUGGACCCCAUGGUCUCAGACAUGCUAAGCAAGAGCCCCCUAUACUGGGUUGUUCCUGUAGCCCAUUCAUUAUGAAUGUCAAUAUUUGUGUCUACAGACUUCCUACUGGGGCCAGGGCAUCUGGGCACUGGGAUCUGAGGGACACUUGAAAGAGACAGGCAUCUCUACUCUCCUACAGCUUAUAUUCUGUAAGGGGAUUUCUGCUGUGCUUUUUAUUAACAGUCUGCCUGCAGGAUUAUUUCUGGGCUGUUUAAAAGAAACUUUUUAAAAAUGAGUGAAUUAAUUUUAGUUAAUUUUUACAAGAAGAAAACAAUUUUUUUUUUAAAAAAGAAUUUGCCACAGGCCAUUUGUUGUUGUUAUUGUUGUUGUUUUGUUUCUUAGAAUGGAAUCCAGGCCCCAGACAUGCUAGGCACACGCUCUACAACUGAUGGGUGCCUUCAGAUUGCAACUAUUAAUUUGAAAACGAAUUUAAUGAAUGAGUUCUUUUUGUACAACACUGAGAUAUUUGUGAACUGAGAAAUUAACUCAUAAACCAAUCAGUCUCAUAUAUAAAAUAUCUUAUCAGGCUCGGUAUCUUAAUAGGAAAUAAUACAAAUUAAGGGUUUUUUUUUAAUUAAUUUAUUUUUUAUUGUUUUUUUUUUUUUUUGAGACAGGGUUUCUCUAUGCAAUAGUCCUGGCUGUCCUGGAACUUGUCUUGUAGACCAAAUUGGCCUUGAACUCACUGAGAUCCUCCUGUUCUGUCUCCCAAGUGCUGGGAUCAACCACCGCUACCCGGCUGAGGUUUUUUUGUUUGUUUUGCUUUGUUUUGUUUUCUUAACACAUGAAUAAUGGUACAAACUGGAAUGAAAAAAAUCAUUUAAUUUAUAUCUUAUCUGCCAUCAGCUACUAAAACCCCUGCUGUGGGCAUUGCAGGAAACACUACGUUCUACACUUGGGUAUGUGUGCGCAGUUACUGUAUUUCUUCGUGGUAAGCAUAUUUUGGGGCGGGGGGAACGUGCUGCUGCUAAGAUACAAAUAGACAAAAACUAAAUGAAAUCUUGUCUCAUUUGAUGGGAAUGGUUCCUGGUAAACUUAAGAAGGAUUUUUUUUUUUAUAAGUAAGUGGCUCUUUUGGUUCUAGGCUACUGUGAUUGUCUAUUUUUGUCCACUGUAUAGAACGAGUCACACACUCAUGAUACGUAGCACUGAGAAAGUAAGCAUUCGAAUUUCCCUUGGGCACUAAGGGCAAAAUACCUUCAGUUAGGUCUUAUAAGUUAAUGACAGUGUGUCUUCUCUUGUAAACCUCCCCUGCUGGACACGGGGCGGUAGGAAGUCACCUGACCAACCAGAAACACACUAACUAGGAAGCCUUUCUGACUGUUGGCCAUUUUCUUAAUGAUGUGUAAGGUUUUGGUGACACUUUAGUCUCCAUGACUAAACAAGCCCCUGAGUUUCCUGCACUUGACAAAACUGGAGGCAAUAAGUAUCCCUGGUCCAUGCAGCUGCUGGAUACCUGCUCCCACUCAUGUACAGGGUAUGUAUGUCCUCACAGGGAAUGAACUGGACGAGCAGUACGCCACCAGGGUUAGCAGAAUUGCUUUGGUAAUACCUACAGAGAAACGAGAGAGCAGCGGGCUAUCUUUAGAUCACGUCAAACGGGAAAAGUCUCUGUGUGCAUCUGGACUUCACAGCGUUCUCUCUGUUCACCAGCUUCUGACAAGGGAAGAGGGACUCUCCAAGUAGGAUAAAAUUGAAGCUUUCUGAUGCAAACCUUAGCUAAUCUCCCUUACAAUCGAAAAGUUCUAAUAAUGUUACUUUCUGUAAGCGUUGCAGGGUCUUAAAAUUUACAGUUAUUUUAAUAUUUUUGAUAACUAGGAAUCUAUCAUUGCCAUAAAGGAAACUAAGUGCCCAUUAAAAAUUUGUCUGGUAUAAAUAGAUGCUCCUUUGGUUUUGCUUUAAACGACAGUGAGCUACACAUCGCAGCGCUAGUCUUCAAAAAGCUUUCCAAUGAUGAACUGUGUGGUGGCUGAUUGUGUGGUCUGUCUGUGGAGAGUGUAUGGCUGCUACUCAUCGAUACCCUAGAAGAGAUUAACAAUCAGCUAUGUCGUUCCAAUGAAUGUACAGUACUUCCAUUAACGUUUGAAAGCAACACGGCCUUAACCUCGACGCUUUUGCUUUACGACCUGGGGUAUUGUGUCAGCGACCAAGUGUGCCCUCCCGACAUUAUCAUUCCCAACCGCGCAGCCUUCCGAGCCCGCCCAUGGGUAUGAAGGUUGUUUGUUUUCUUUUCGUUCCUAUGAAGAUUUUGUGCAUUCCACCUUUACAGAUCUGUCUCAUACAUUCUGUGUAUAGAACGCUGGUCUUUGCCAUCAAUUAAUGCUAUAACCUCCUCAUAUGUUCUUUUCAUGGAUCGAAAUGCUGACUGCCUAUUUACACGGAAGAAUGGACGCUGUGCAUCAGUGUGUUUGGAUGUUCGUAGCUACAUACGUACCACAGUAUUUUGGAUGCUUUAGUCUAAUAAAACUUUAAAUUAAUUCUGUCUUGAAACAUAGGAGAAACAAGGUUUUAUGUGUAUAUCAUUACCAUGCACAGAAAUCUCAAAUCGUUAUAAUAAAGCUUGUUUUC